ACAACUGAGGCUCCAACUACCACAACAACAGCUCCAACAACCUCAACUGAGACUCUAACUACAACAACAACAGCUCCAACAACCUCAACUGAGGCUCUAACUACCACAACAACAGCUCCAACAACCACAACUGAGGCUCCAACUACCACAACAACAGCUCCAACUACAACAACAACAGCUUCAACAACCACAACUGACGCUCCAACUACCACAACAACAGCUCCAACUACAACAACAACAGCUCCAACAACCACAACUGACGCUCCAACUACAACAACAACAGCUCCAACUACCACAACCGAGGCUGCAACUACCCCAACAACAGCUCCAACUACCACAACAACAGCUCCAACAACCACAACAACAGCUCCAACUACAACAUCAACAGCUCCAACUACCACAACAACAGCUCCAACAACCACAACUGAGGCUCCUACUACCACAACAACAGCUCCGACAAGCACAACCGAGGCUCCAACUACCACAACAACAGCUCCAACAACCACAACAACAGCUCCAACAACCUCGACUGAGGUUCCAACUACAACAACAUCAGCUCCAACUACCACAACAACAGCUCCAACUACCACAACAAUAGCUCCAACAACAAAAACUGAGUCUCCAACAUCAACAACAGCUCCAACUACCACAACAAUAGCUCCAACAACUGCAACUGACGCUCCAACUACCACAGCAACAGCUCCAACAACUUCAACUGAGUCUCCAACUACGACAACAACAGCUCCAACAACCACAACUGAGUCUCCAACAACAACAGCUCCAACUUCCACAACAACAGCUCCAACAACCACAACUGACGCUCCAACAACCAGAACUGAUGCUCCAACUACCACAACAACAGCUCCAACUACAACAACAACAGCUCCAACUACCACAGCAUCAGCUCCAACAACCACAACUGAUGAUCCAACUACCACAACAACAGCUCCAACAACCACAACUGAUGCUCCAACAACCACAACUGAUGCUCCAACUACAAAAACAAUAGUUCCAACUACCACAACUGACGCUCCAACUACCACAACAACAGCUCCAACUACAACAACAACAGCUUCAACAACCACAACUGACGCUCCAACAACCAGAACUGAUGCUCCAACUACCACAACAACAGCUCCAACUACAACAACAACAGCUCCAACUACCACAGCAUCAGCUCCAACAACCACAACUGAUGAUCCAACUACCACAACAACAGCUCCAACAACCACAACUGAUGCUCCAACAACCACAACUGAUGCUCCAACUACAAAAACAAUAGUUCCAACUACCACAACUGACGCUCCAACUACCACAACAACAGCUCCAACUACAACAACAACAGCUUCAACUACCACAACUGACGCUCCAACUACCACAACAACAGCUCCAACAACCUCAACUGAGGCUCCAACUACAACAAUAACAACAAUAGCUCCAACAAGCACAACUGAGGCUCCAACUUCAACAACAGUUCCAACUACAUCAACAACAGCUCCAACUACAACAACAAUAGCUCCAACAACCACAACUGAGGCUCCAACUUCAACAACAGCUCCAACUACCACAAAAGCAGCUCCAACAACCACAACUGACGCUCCAACUACCACAACAACAGCUCCAACAACCUCAACUGAGGUUCCAACUACGACGACAACAGCUCCAACAACCACAACUGAGUCUCCAACUACAACAACAACAGCUCCAACUUCCACAACAACAGCUCCAACAACCACAACAACAGCUCCAACAACAACAACAACAGCUCCAACUACCACAACAACAGCUCCAACUACCACAACAACAGCUCCAACAACCACAACUGACGCUCCAACUACCACAACAACAGCUCCAACAACCACAGCUCCAACUACCACAACAACAGCUCCAACUACCACAACAACAGCUCCAACAACCACAACUGACGCUCCAACUACCACAACAACAGCUCCAACUACAACAACAACAGCUCCAACUACAACAACAACAGCUCCAACUACCACAACAACAGCUCCAACUACCACAACAACAGCUCCAACUACCACAACAACAGCUCCAACAACCACAACUGACGCUCCAACUACCACAACAACAGCUCCAACAACCUCAACUGAGGUUCCAACUACAACAACAACAACAACAGCUCCAACAACCUCAACUGAGGCUUUAACUACAACAACAACAGCUCCAACAACCACAACAAUAGCUCCAACAACCACAACUGAGGCUCCAACUUCAACAACAGCUCCAACUACCACAACAGCAGCUCCAACAACCACAACUGACGCUCCAACUACCACAACAACAGCUCCAACAACUUCAACUGAGUCUCCAACUACGACAACAACAGCUCCAACUGAGUCUCCAACAACAACAGCUCCAACAACCUCAACUGAGGCUUUAACUACAACAACAACAGCUCCAACAACCACAACUGAGGCUCCAACUACCACAACAACAGCUCCGACUACCACAACAAUAGCUCCAACAACCACAACUGAGGCUCCAACUUCAACAACAGCUCCAACUACCACAACAACAGCUCCAACAACUUCAACUGAGUCUCCAACUACGACAACAACAGCUCCAACAACCACAACUGAGACUCCAACUACAACAACAACAGCUCCAACUUCCUCAACAACAGCUCCAACAACCACAACUGACGCUCCAACUACCACAACAACUGACGCUCCAACUACCACAACAACAGCUCCAACAACCUCAACUGAGGUUCCAACUACAACAACAACAGCUCCAACAACCUCAACUGAGGCUCUAACUACAACAACAACAGCUCCAACAACCACAACUGAGGCUCCAACAACCACAACAACAGCUCCAACUACCACAACAAUAGCUCCAACAACCACAACUGACGCUCCAACUUCAACAACAGCUCUAACUACCACAACAGCAGCUCCAACAACCACAACUGACGCUCCAACUACCACAACAACAGCUCCAACAACCACAACUGAGUCUCCAACUACAACAACAACUGCUCCAACUUCCUCAACAACAGCUCCAACAACCACAACUGACGCUCCAACUACCACAACAACAGCUCAAACUACAACAACAACAGCUCCAACUACCACAACAACUGAUUCUCCAACAACCACAACUGACGCUCCAACUACCACAACAACAGCUCCAACAACCUCAACUGAGGUCCCAACUACGACAACAACAGCUCCAACAACCUCAACUGAGGCUCUAACUACAACAACAACAGCUCCAACAACCACAACUGAGGCUCCAACUACCACAACAACAGCUCCAACUACCACAACAACAGCUCCAACAACAACAACAAUAGCUCCAACAACCACAACUGACGCUCCAACAACCACAACUGACGCUCCAACUACCACAACAACAGCUCCAACAACCACAACUGACGCUCCAACUACCACAACAACAGCUCCAACAACCACAACUGAGUCUCCAACUACAACAACAACUGCUCCAACUUCCUCAACAACAGCUCCAACAACCACAACUGACGCUCCAACUACCACAACAACAGCUCAAACUACAACAAAAACAGCUCCAACUACCACAACAACAGCUCCAACAACCACAACUGACGCUCCAACUACCACAACAACAGCUCCAACAACAUCAACUGAGGUCCCAACUACGACAACAACAGCUCCAACAACCUCAACUGAGGCUCUAACUACAACCACAACAGCUCCAACAACCACAACUGAGGCUCCAACUACCACAACAACAGCUCCAACUACCACAACAACAGCUCCAACAACAACAACAAUAGCUCCAACAACCACAACUGACGCUCCAACAACCACAACUGACGCUCCAACUACCACAACAACAGCUCCAACAACCUCCACUGAGGUUCCAACUACAACAACAACAGCUCCAACAACCUCAACUGAGGCUCUAACUACAACAACAACAGCUCCAACAACCACAACUGACGCUCCAACUACGACAACAACAGCUCCAACAACCACAACUGAGUCUCCAACUACAACAACAACAGCUCCAACUUCCACAACAACAGCUCUAACAACCACAACAACAGCUCCAACUACCACAACA